UACGGCAUCAACAUGCGACAAACGUGUGCGGCGGAUAUAAAACUGUCUUGUUACAUUCGUGUACAUUUGCCCUGAAAGUUGAUAUGAAGUUCUGUAAACGAUAAUGUUGCAAUAAGUCGUAGAAGACUGCUAUUAUUUCCAGUGAUGACACAAUCAGUUGUUGUACAAGUUGGGCAGUGUGGUAACCAGGUGGGCUGCAGGUUUUGGGAUCUUGCUUUGCGGGAACAUUCCCAUGUCAAUAAAAAAGGAAUCUACGAUGAGGCUCUGAGCAGCUUCUUUCGGAAUGUUGACUCAAGGAGAAGCGUCGGGGGAUCUUGUGACAUCACUGGUGGGAGGAUCCAAUCCCUGAAGGCCAGGGCGGUGCUGGUGGACAUGGAGGAGGGUGUGGUGAAUGAGAUUCUUCAGGGCCCGCUGAGAGAAUUGUUUGAUAGCACUCAGCUCAUCACUGACGUGUCCGGCUCAGGCAACAACUGGGCAGUGGGCCACUGGACGUAUGGCUCAGCCUACAGGGAACAGAUUGUGGACCAGCUGAGGAGGGCAGCAGAGCAUUGUGACUGCCUGCAGUGCUUCUUUCUCAUUCACUCCAUGGGUGGAGGGACUGGAUCAGGCCUGGGCACCUGUGUGUUGAAACUUCUGGAGGAGGAGUUCCCCGAGGUAUGUCGUAUCGUCACCUCAGUCUACCCCUCAGCAGAGGACGAUGUCGUCACUUCCCCCUACAACAGUGUCUUGGCCAUGCGGGAGCUUACCGAGCAUGCCGACUGUGUCCUCCCUGUGGAGAAUCAGUCACUGGUAGACAUAGUGAACAAGAUCAAGCACAUGUCCCACAGUGGGAAGCCAGGUUCUGUGAUCAAGAAGGACAGUGCCAUCAUCUCAGGCCAGGGAGGGGUCAGUGGAGCCGAGAAGCCUUUUGAUGCCAUGAACAACAUUGUAGCCAACCUGCUGCUCAAUAUCACCAGUUCAGCUCGUUUUGAGGGAUCACUCAACAUGGACCUGAAUGAGAUAGCCAUGAACCUAGUGCCCUUCCCUCGACUGCACUACCUGGUGCCCAGCCUCACCCCUCUUUACACCCUGGCUGAUGUCAACAUCCCCACCAGAAGGCUUGAUCAGAUGUUCACUGAUGCCUUCAGUAAAGACCACCAGCUUAUCCGGGCUGACCCCAAACACAGCCUGUACCUGGCCUGUGCCCUCAUGGUCCGUGGCAACGUGCAAGUGUCGGACCUCCGCAGGAACAUAGAGAGACUGAAGCCCAUGCUGCCUUUUGUUUCAUGGAAUCAGGAGGGAUGGAAGACAGGCCUGUGUUCUGUGCCCCCUGUGGGUCACUCCCACUCACUACUAGCCCUGGCCAACAACACCUGUGUCAAACUCACCUUCAUGGAGCUCCGAGACCGCUUCACCAAGCUCUACAGGAAGAAGGCUCACAUGCAUCACUACCUGCAUGUGGAAGGGAUGGAGCAGGGCUGCUUCACGGAGGCUAUCUCCUCCCUCUCCUCUCUGAUAGAAGAGUACAGUCAGCUGGAUGCCACCAAGGACAGACUUAUGCCUGACGCUGCCAGGCUCAACAUCGCCACAUGAAGGUCCUCUGUCUGUGUGUUCGCACUAGCAGACUACACAUAGUGGAGCGUGUUUGUGUGUGCGUGCAAAGCACUUUUGUGUUUUAUUAGCAGAAAAUAGUACUGUAAUUUGAUAACUUGGUUUAUUUAUUUUUAUAAGUUACAAAGGAUUUCUUACCUGUGUCUAAAUGAUAUUCCUUAUCCGUUAAAAAUAAAUUACAAUUAAUAACUGA